AACUCCUCGCUAUCCUCUUCCAAUCCGAACCACCCGGACUCCCGGAGCAAGCGGCCGCCGGCUAAGCAGACACGAACGCAGGUCCGGCGGCAAUGCAACGCGCCGCGCUCGUCGGGUCCCCUCUCGUACCUGUGGGUCCCCUUGCUCAGCUUGCCGUGCGGCGCCGCUGCCGCUUCCAUGGUGGUGUUCGCGUGAGGUCCUCAACCGGGAAGGACGGGACCGGGACUGGGACCGGGGGCGGAAGCGAGGGCGGCGACGGCGCCGGUGCCGCAGCGUCUUGGCUGAGCUCGGCGGUCGGGGAGAAAGUGGACGAGCUUCUGCGCCGCGAAGAGAACCGGGCCCUGCUCGAGGGCGUCGAGGACGCCGAGCGCCGCGUUGAGCGCGCGCGCGCCGCGCUCGCCGACAUCGAGCGCCAGGAGGCCGCCGCACGCCUCGCCCGCGAGGAGGUCCGCCGCCUCGAGAAGCGGCGCGAUGAGAUUGCAGAGUCCCAGCGGGAAUUGCUUCAAGCAAGAGAAAUGAUUGAUGAAGCUCAGCGAUCCUUGUCUUCUAGUCUUGACGAAGGAAGCUUUGGAGAUAUGUCAAGUGGUGAUGUUGAUGAAGAUAACGAGAGAAUAGAAUCCGUAAAAGCUGCUGCAGUUUCCUCUGUCGUCGGUGUUCUGGCUAGUUUGCCCAUAUCUUUCUAUGAAGUUGAAGAUCUUCCACAACUAUUCCUUCGGUCAUCAAUUGUUUUCAUAAGUUGUGCUUUGUUUGGAGUCACAUUCCGGUACGCUGUUAGAAGAGAUCUGGAUAAUAUCCAACUAAAAACUGGGGCUCCUGCAGCAUUUGCUUUUGUUAGAGGCCUUGCUCUGCUGGAAUCUGGUAGAACCUUCGAGCUGAGUACUGAUACCUUAAUAUCAGUUACUCUUGAUGCUGCAGUCAGUGUGGUUGAGAACAUUUUCAUAUUUCUGCCUGCUGCUGUUGCACUGGACUACUGUUUUAAGAUGAGAUUUUUGAGUCCCUUUCCUAGAAGAAAACAAUAGCUUCUGUGAAGAAUAUGUAUGAUCAAUAACAAUCUUGAUAGCUCAAAUGGUC